AUGGCGGCUGAUGUAGGGUUAGCAAAGUUGCCGCCACGAAAUAAAGCGACUGUCAUGAUUCUGGGAAAUCAUUCUUCCGGCAAAUCUUCGUUCAUCAACUGGUAUCUGAAGGAGAAUGUUCUGCCUACUGGAGCUGCUGUGGAGAGCCGUGGCUUCACUCUCGUUUCUCAGAGUGAAAAAGAAGCGCCUCCUUUGAAGGGAGAAGCAACUCUGCGAUACUUCCCGCAACUCAAAGGGAUUCAAAAGUUUGGAAAGGGAUUGAUCGAGAAUCUCAGCACGAUCGUUUCAAUUUCGCACGAACGCUGCUUCCCUGACGUGGACUUCAUCGACACUCCUGGAUUGGUGGAUGGGAGCGUGGAGUAUCCAUUUGAUGUAAACCGCGUCAUCCUGUUUCUCGCUGAUUUUGUGGAUCUGAUCUUCGUUUUUCUGGACCCUCACGAGCAAGCUCUGGGCUCUCGCACGAUGGAAGUGGUCAAACUUCUCAACGAAAACCAUUACGACAAAAUGUGUUACUACUUGACAAAAAUCGACACUUUAAAUUCCAUCGCGGAUCUUAUGAAAGUAGCGAACCAAACAACGCAAAACCUGGCUCUUCGUGUCAAAAACACGCACGGUUGGGAGCUUCCGACGAUUUACCUCACAUCCGACGAUAAACUCGAAGAAGACAACGAAUUCCGCGAGGUCAACAUGAUCUCAAAGAUUUGCGAUCGCAUCGACUUGGUGGUGAAGCAAAAGAUUCAGGACAAUUUGUUGGUGUUGGAGAAGGAUUGCAAUGCCAUUCUAGCGAAAACCGAAUCGGAGCUGCAUCGAAGCAUUCGAUCCAAUGCGCGAAUGACUCGCCUGCGUCAUUACCGCAAUUGGAACAUUGUUUUUUGGGUGUUGGGGCUGCUUUGCAUGGGUUUGUAUGUGGCAAUGCAGUUCGUGGAUGAGGGCAAAACGAUCCAGGAAGAAACGAAUUCGGUGUGGAGGACGCUUCAUUGGAUGAAGACGCAGAGCAGGGGAUUGUUGCCUGCGUUUUCGGUGUUGUCGACGGUGAAAUGGGUGGCGAGUUUGUGCGGGAUUCAUGGCGGAAUGCUGCUGAUUGUGCAGCUUCUGAUGGGGUGCUGGAAAGUGCCGUCGAAGGAGAAAUUGGGGCAGUUGCAGGCGAAUCGGAAGGGGUUGAAAGCGAUGAUCGGUUAUCGAGAAGAGCUGUAUAAUCAGUACAUUAAGUUUUGGAUUGUUUGUUAGUAAUAGGGUUAAGAUUGAUUGGUGUUGGUAGGUAGGUUAAUUGGUUGAUUCGUUUUCCCCUUGCUCACAUGGUUACAAUGUACAUUGACUCGAUUGCUCCUCGUUUCAUACACUCAAACAACAAAAGAUUGAUUCACUAGCGAGAUCCGCUCCGAAAUCUCCUGCACUACGCUUCACACACACUCGCAAAACUUUACAAAGCUCCUCGUUCACGAAUCCUUCACUGCUACUCGCUGGCCAAGCGAGCGAAGCGGAGAGAGGAUCAGUCAAUUCGCCUGUCGUGUACUGAGUGAAGAUUUCACGCUUCCGAAGAUACUCUCCGUAGAGCAUUUUAUUGAUUUGAGAAAUCCAUUGAACACAUUCCGACACAGAAAUCGAGAUUCCAGAGCCCUGAAUAGCGAUACUACCUACUGGAAUGGUCUACAAACGGGAAAUAAAAAUCUGAAAUCCUACAGGAAAGUUAUUAAACGCCUCUGUUUCCAACUUCAGAAUCUCGUUUAUCACUAAAGCAUGCAUAGAGCUUCUACAAAUCAAUAGGACACACCACAAAAACAAUUGCUGAGAUAUAAUCCGCCAAUUGUUCUCAAUAUCCAUGGAAAGCUUCUGGGCAAGCACAUGCGUGGCGCCUUUCCAAGAAACGAGUACUCCCACAGCAUAUCUCGAUCCAGCUUCGUCCAAAUCAUUUUCUCCCUGACGAACGGCCGAUAAACGACGACUCAGUCCACAAAGAGAGUUGAAAGCAUCACACAGCACUUGCUCGUAUUCUCUCCACGCCUCUACCUAAAUAUAGGAAUCAAAACAACAGAGAACGUACCUUUUUCAACACUCGCACAAGCAACUUGUAUGCUUGGUCAUUUUUCUUGUUCAUACCCACAAAAUGACCGACUUGAUAUGAAAGGCCAACGCACUGACAAUUUUUUUGAUUCCCAUUCUGAGUAUGGAGGUAGAAUUGGAUGUUGAGGCAUUGAGAGCCAAUCUUCGAACAGACGGAAGACAAAAGAAUGCCAUGAGGGAACUUCGCAUGGAGAAAGGUUCUACCUAUCGUGCCGAUGGCUCGAGCACUGUCUCCCAUGGAAACACGACAGUGGUAACAUCAGUGUAUGGACCCAAGAUGAGUAGCUCCAGGCCAGCAAAUAGUAGCAACAAGGCAAAUAUCACAGUGAAUAUAGGCUAUACAAACGAGAAAAACAGUAGGAGAACGAUUGGCGUGUAAUACACUGUCCAAAAGUUGCUGGAAAACGUGAUUCAGUGUUCUCUCUUUCCCAAGACAGAUAUUUGUAUUUACUGCCAAGUAAUUUGUGAUGACGGAUCUCUCCUGUCCACAAUCCUGAAUUCUGUCAUGUUAGCGCUUGCCGAUAGCGAGAUUCCGCUCACAACCAAAUACGCGUCCGUUAGUUUGUUAUUGUCCGCAAAAGGUGAAGUUCUGCCUGAUCCUUGCAAGGAAGAGGAGGAAGGAGUUGAUGAUGAUGUCUGUUGUUUGACUUGUAGAAUCUGGGAAAUGCGACGAUUGCCUAUAGUGAAGAAGGAGAAGUGAUGACGUUGGAAACCUUCGGAAUCCUGUCUGAUGAAACGUUGAAUUCGAUGUUGUCGCUGGGUCGUGAUUUGUCAAAGCGUAUUUUUUAUCUGUUCGAUCACGAACUUUUGGCAUAAUU